AUGGGAUGUGUUAAUUCUCGAAGUGUUGAGGUUUAUCAAAGGAAAUUCAAACUAGUUAUUGUAGGGUUGGAAGGAAGUGGUAAAACAUCAAUAUUUGAAUACAUCAGACAAGGAAAAUUUGUGCAAACAAAACCAACAGUUGGUGUAAAUGUAGAUUUUAGCCAUCCUGAGUUUAUGAUUUUUGACGUGGGGGGAAAAGUACCAAGCUUAUGGAGUAACUAUUACGAAAACACUGAUGGACUAAUUUUUAUCAUAGAUUCUUCAAAUAAAGAGUAGUUAUAUUAGGUCAAAGAGCAAUUUGUUAAGUUGAAUAAAGAUUUAGAAUACUUGAAUGUAGUAAUUCUCAUUAUGUUUACAAAACAAGACAAAAUACAUCUUGAUAAUCAGGUUUUGAUCUAAGAAUGCGGAGUGUUUGGAUAUCUAGAAUAAGAUACUAUAUUCUAAAUGUGCAGCGCUAAAACCGGUGAUGGAGUGUAGGAAGGAAUUUAAAAAUUAAUAAACUUAAUCAAAAAACAAUAAAAGCCGAACAUUCCACUUAACCCAAUUAAAUAACAUUAAAAAAAGAUAGCAGUAUGA